AUGGGGUCUGUUUGGGAUAGAUUUGGGGUUAGAAUUGUGUAUGAUUCUGUACUAGGUAUAGAUGCCAAGGUUAGUGAGAUUGUGGAGGGCACUACUUGGAGAUGGCCUUUUCCAUCUUCAUGGGAGCUUAUGGACCUCAUUGAUAGCACUCCUUCCACUUUCCUCCCUACUGGUGAGUCUGAUGAUGUUAGUUGGUGUCCUGUUGCUAAUGGCAAAUUCAUUAUUCAAUCCACUUGGAAUUCCUUGAGACAACACUUUGAUCCAGUGAACUGGUCUAAAUUAAUUUGGGGUCCUCACAAUAUCCCUAAAGUGAGCUUUGUGGUGUGGAUGGCUAUUCUUGGCAGAUUGAACACGGGAGACAUGUUGAAAAUAUUUGGUGUGACCCAAUCUGCUGAGUGUGCUUUCUGUCAGCACCCUUGUGAAGACCACAACCACCUUUUCUUUGAAUGUCCAUUCUCUAAAAGGGUGUGGUCCUGCAUUAAAGGUACAAUAAAUGUUGAUUGGCCAUCUAUCCAUUGGAAUGAUUUGAUCCAGCUCAUUGAUAAAUCUGUGAGAGGGAAGUCUUUAGGGAAUAUUAUUACCAAGCUUGCAUUUACUUGUACUGUGUACCAGUUGUGGAUUGCUAGGAAUAAUAGAGUGUUUAGUAAGGAUAUGGUCCUUGAACAGGUGGUUAUCAAGUAUGGUAUCUUAGCUCUUGGAGACUACCCUAAUACUAUGUUGAAGCCUGCUGCAGCUGAUGUGAGGAAUGAGAGUUCACAAAUUGUGGGUACUUGGUUCAUUGGGAAGCAGGAUUCUGAGUGUGUGCCUUAUAAUCUGAGGGUUGAGUAUAGUGUAUAUGGAGCAUUGUUUUUCGAGUGA